CCGAUAUUUGUCUACAAUUGUGAUCCGAUCCGACCAGAACGCGCUGCGAGAUUGGCCCGUUUCAUGGUGCGGUCAGACUUCCUCAUUUAGGAACGCUUUACUGGAAUGGUAAACGUCCAGGCAGCCAGAAAAUAUGCUGGUGACGUCAGGUCGUCGCCGUCGUGUGACGUCAUCGCGUUUGCCUGCUUGCGCGGGAUUCCGAACGGUUCGGAACGUAUCAUGGCGUCCAUGUUUGAGCGGUUCGCGAGUCCGGGCAAAGGGAACGGCCUGCGAGCGACGACCGCGAUCAAAAGCGGGAAGUUGCUCUUCUCCUCCGAGCCGCUGGCCAGCUGUGUGUCGACAAAAGUGGCCAAAGAUGUCUGCCAUCGCUGCUUCGUGAGGCGUGAGACCUUGCUGCGGUGCUCCCAGUGCAAGAUGGCUCGCUACUGCAACAUCACCUGCCAGAAACAAGCAUGGGCUGACCAUAAGAAGGAGUGCAAAUGUCUGCGGAGCAUCCUUCCCAGAGUUCCUACCGACUCCGUCCGACUGGCUGCAAGAGUAAUUUUUACCUUGUUAAAUCUGGAAAAAAGCAGAAAUGAGGAGCUCUACUCGUUAGACGAACAUGAAUCACAUCUCAGCUGCAUGUCUGAGCAGAAAAAACAAGGUCUAUCUCAGUUGGCGUCCAUGCUAGAGUUGUACAUAAAACAGGAAGUGCCUGAAAUUGCCCCGGCGAUUAAAUCGUUCCUGCCAGAGUCCUGCAGACAGCCUCUUGACCUGAUAGCAAAGGUGACGUGUAAUUGUUUCACUAUAAGUGACGAAGAACUCCAAGAGACGGGAGUUGGGCUGUAUCCCAGUUUAUCGCUGCUAAAUCAUGACUGCAGGCCAAAUUGUGUGAUGGUGUUUGAAGGAACAAAGCUGCACCUCAGAGCUGUUCGGGAUAUCCAAACUGCAGAGGAGCUAACAAUUAGCUACAUUGAGACUUUGUCAUUGACGGAACAGCGUCAGAAACAGCUGGAGGAGCAGUACCAUUUCACAUGCCGCUGCCAGAAAUGUGACUCCCAAGACACAGACACGCUCAUGCAGUCAGGGGAACAGGCAACAUGGCACACGUUUAUGGAGGCUUUACCAAAAUUGGAAGGACUGAAGGCAGCCUCGGAUUGGCGAACACUCCUGGAGAGAUGCACACGUCUGUUAUCAACUGAAGGUUCUGAUGUCCCCGAUGAAAACCUCUUUAAACUCAGAUUGACCGAUAUGGCUUUGGACUCCGCCAUUCACCUUGGUCGCUGGGAGGAAGCGAUAAGACACGGGGAGAAGACUCUUCCAGUUUACAGACGUUACUACCCUGACCCCCAUCCCGUCCACGGCAUCCAGCUGAUGAGAGUCGCAAAGCUACAGCAUUAUCUGGAGCGCAUUAAAGAUGCUCUGGACACCUUCAAACAGGCCUUUGAAAUCCUCAAGAUCACCCAUGGUAUUGAUCACAAUUUGGUGGCUGGUUUGUUGCUCAAGAUGGAAGAAUGUCAAUUUGAGAUGGACCAAUAAUUAAAUUGGAUUAGGUGAUUAUUGUAAGCAACUAGAAGUCCCCCCGACCCCCACCCUUAACAACAGGUGAUGUCACGAGGGCUUUACAACAAAUACAGUUCAUAUCCGUUUCUGUGUCGGGUUCUUGUCUCGUCAUCUCUAGAUUCCAUUACAGUGAGUCCAUCGUGAGUGUGUGUUUGUCAAAGGCCGUCUCUCAAAACCUCCAUCCUCCCCUCACCACAUAUCCAUCACACGUACUUCCCAUGGUAAUCCCUGUUAUUGUGGGUUAUUCUGUCAGAGUGUGUUAAGGCUGCAGAGUGUCUGAUGGAAUGCGCUAAUGCCAAACACACACACACAGAAGUGCAUGCUUGGCGUUUUGUUAAAAGGAUGACAGCAUUUCCUCUGGGAGGGUAAAGUGUGUGUUUGAGGCUGAUGGGAGGAUUACAGUGACAUUGUGUUUUCUUUUACCAAUAAGUUUUCCUUCUCUGACACUUGUGCUCUCUCUGUGGAACGUGAAAAAGAUAGGCAGCUAUGACUAACUGGCGCUUUGCCGUUGUUAUUGUUGAUUCCGGUUUUGUAUGUUUUUUUUUUUUUUGAGAUAUGUUCAAAAUAUAGUACACCAUACUAGGGAUUAGAUUUUACAGUAUGAAAGUCAAAUUUGUUCUUUUUUUCUCAUUCACUAAAUUGGAAGAGUGGUUGAUAAGAGGUCAAUAUCACCUUACUUUUUGACACUUGCGUGUACCAGCAAUUACUAAUGAGAAUUGCUUCAUAGUACUUUCAACAUAUUUAGCAAAAUUACAUACCGUAUUGUUUUUUAACUAGUUUGAUAGGAUGGAAAUGUGCAACCGCGUGACCUCUUGAUUAGCUUUCAACAGCUGCUUAGAGUAUUCAGUCACUAUUGGGAAUAAUUAAAGCCUUCAAACUCUCAUAGUACUUUAACAGCUGCGAUUACGCAUUGCGUAUGAAAUACAAAAUCCUGUUAGUAAAGACAGUCAGUCAAAGGAUCAUCACUCCAUCAUCUAUCAUCGUGUCUCUUUUUCGACAGUGAUUCUUUCCUUCAGCACCCGUCAACCCCCACCCCCGUCAACCGGCACAGAACAUUAAAUCAGAUUUACUGCCAUCACUUUCACUGCCUGUUGCCUUACUUCUCCCGUUCGCCACCAGAUUUAAACUUACUUUCACAAUCCCCCUUGGUCAUCGCACUUCUCUGCAGAAAGAGCCCUUAUGAAAGGAUUUUACUUUUACAUGCUUGAUAACAUUUCCCCAUUAAAAUCCACAAUUCGUAUACACGUGCGCACACAUGAAGUUGCCAUCACGGAGUACAACUGGCAUCUCUCUGUCUGCCUGUUAAGUCUUUGGACUCUAAAGUUUAAAGAAUUGUACGUAUUUGGAAUAGUGUGCUUGUUUAUGUUUAGUUACUUACUGUACUGUGUUGUCAUGACAAUUCUGCACUAAGUUUCUGCUUUAACAGUAUUUUUUAAGCUAUUGGUUUCUGUUGAUGUAAGUGUAACUUGUGUGGCAUACAUUACCAAGUAAUAACAUUUAA